CUGAGUGUUUUAUUUCGAAGGAGCCACCGGGGGGCGCCACCUGACCUCCAAAUCACCGGGUCACCCUGACGUCACUCACGGUGAAGUCCGUCCCCUGGUUGCCAUGGUGACCCGAACACUGAGGUCACCGAGCUUCAGCUGUGGGACUGAAGAGGAUCUGCAGACCGCUGAGGGGUCCUGCUUCUGCCCGGAGUUCUCGGGGGUUCUCGGGGGUCUUCAGGUUGCGGUCGGGCCGGUGUCGCGGUGAAGUCAGGCAGGAUGUCUCGUGCUCACUGAGCGGCGGGAUGCGGAGCCGCCAGAAGCAGCUGCUGCUGUCGCUUUGCGGCCUGCUGUCGCUUUGUAGCGCGCUGUCUGCCGCCGUGUCCGUCGGGCUGCCGCUGUGGCUCCGCGGGGCCGUGCUGUGCCGCACCGGGGCCGAGCUGGUCAACGCCACCGGGGCCGAGCUGGACCAGUUCCUGGGCGAGCUUAGCUUCGGCCUGUUCGCCGGACAGCGCGUGAAGCAGUGCGGGCUGGGAGGCCGGCCGGCCCGCUUCAACG